CUUAUACAAGCCUCCUUCAAGCCCUCCGUCAGUUGUGCAGGAGCAAGGGGGCGGUCGGCGUUCUCCUUUCAAGAACGAGUUAUUUUCAGCUGCUGACUGGAGACGGUGCACGUCUGGAUACGAGAGCAUUUCCACUAUGGGACUGGAUACAAACACACGCCCGGCAGACUUCAGGAGUCUCGCACUGAGGACAGAACCUACUCUGCUGCCGCUACUGCUUCUGCCGCUGCCUCUCAAAGUCCACUCCUUUCAUGGUUUUUUCUGCCAAGCCAGAGGCUCCUGCGCUCCUGCUGCCCUUCUCGCUGUCAUCCAGCGGCUGACCAGAGGAUGAGACUCCCCACACUCCUCACUCUCUUGCUUUGGCAACUGGCUUGGCUGGACCUGGAAUUCAUCUGUACUGUGUUGGGUGCCCCUGGUUUGGGCCAGAGACCUCCGGGGGCCAGGCCAGCGCUGACCAAAGCAGAGGCCAAGGAGAAGCCCAACUUGGCCCGGAAUAUCUUCAGGCCGGGGGGUCUAACCACCAAUGCCAGGGCAAAGGGUGGCACCGGGCAGACAGGAGACCUGACCCAGCCCAAGAAGGAUGAACCCAAAAAGCUGCCCCCCAGAUUGGGUAGCCCUGAGCCCAAACCAGGACAUCCUCCCCAGACCAGGCAGUCUGCAGCACGGACUGUGACCCCAAAAGGACAGCUUCCCGGGGGGAAGGUGCCCCCAAAGGCAAUAUCUGUCCCCAGCUCAUUUCUGCUGAAGAAAACCAGGGAACCCGGGACCCCUCGAGAGCCCAAGGAGCCGUUCCGUCCGCCCCCCAUCACGCCCCACGAGUACAUGCUCUCGCUGUACAGGACAUUGUCCGAUGCUGACAGAAAGGGCGGCAACAGCAGCGUGAAGUUGGAGGCUGGCCUUGCCAACACCAUCACCAGCUUCAUUGACAAAGGGCAAGAUGACCGAGGGCCUGUGGUCAGGAAGCAGAGGUACGUCUUUGAUAUCAGCGCCCUGGAGAAGGAUGGGCUGCUAGGGGCUGAGCUACGGAUCCUGCGGAAGAAGCCCUUGGACACAGCCAAGCCGUUGGCCCCCAGCAACGGGCGGGCUGCCCAGCUGAAGUUGUCCAGCUGCCCCAGCGGCCGGCAGCCGGCAGCCUUGCUGGAUGUGCGCUCCGUGCCAGGUCUGGACGGCUCUGGCUGGGAGGUGUUCGACAUCUGGAAGCUCUUCCGAAACUUUAAGAACUCGGCCCAGCUGUGUCUAGAGUUGGAGGCCUGGGAACGGGGCCGGGCCGUGGACCUCUGUGGCCUGGGCUUCGAUCGGACUGCCCGGCAGGUUCAUGAGAAGGCUCUGUUCCUAGUGUUCGGCCGCACCAAGAAGCGGGACCUGUUCUUUAAUGAGAUCAAAGCCCGCUCUGGCCAGGAUGAUAAGACCGUGUAUGAGUACUUGUUCAGCCAGCGCAGGAAACGGCGCGCCCCCUUGGCCACUCGCCAGGGCAAGAGACCCAGCAAGAACCUCAAGGCCCGCUGCAGUCGGAAGGCGCUGCAUGUCAACUUCAAAGACAUGGGCUGGGACGAUUGGAUCAUUGCGCCCCUUGAGUACGAGGCCUUCCACUGCGAAGGGCUGUGCGAGUUCCCCUUGCGCUCCCACCUGGAACCCACAAACCACGCGGUCAUCCAGACCCUGAUGAACUCCAUGGACCCUGAGUCCACACCACCCACCUGCUGUGUGCCCACGCGGCUCAGCCCCAUUAGCAUCCUCUUCAUUGACUCUGCCAACAACGUGGUAUACAAACAGUACGAGGACAUGGUCGUGGAGUCCUGUGGCUGCAGGUAGCACCUCAAACCUCUGUCUUCCUGGGGGCCAAUCCCAGGAGCCCCUUUUUGCACACCUGGCAUCACAGAGGGUUUAGAAGGCUACAGCUGGGAGCAUCUGCAUAGCCUACCAGUGGACGGAUUCCAAGAGCCUCACUCACUCCCUGUGUGCACCUGGGGCUAAAAAUCUCUGUCCCCGAGUUCCCCUCUGAGCAUUUCUGCCCUUUCAUUGCUCUGACUGGCAGAGACAGCCCUGGGGGGGACAGAUUACAGAUGGGACUGAGGUCCUGGAGCCAGUGUUUUCCAAAGAGAC